GCUGCUUCAUUGCAAGCAAGUUGAGCUUUGUCUUGACGACAUAUGGCGUUAUACUUUGGAACUCUGUCAACUUAUCCUGGUAGCCUCCAAGCUCAACACAAGGUCGUUUUGUCAACAUGGGCAAGCUGGGUAUUAAUGCUCCCUUUCUUGAGAAUAUCAAGGGUUUGUUUUAUUUUAAACGUGUAAUAAUUAUUGCCGCACAGUUUUUCGAGGGAGAUCCGACUAUUUAUUUUAGAUGGUAUUUGAAAAGUUUUGCUGAUCGAAUGGCUAGUAACUGAGGGUGGUUAUGAUCGUGUGAUAGUGGCUUUGUUGGUCUUUUAUUACCUUUUUUAUUCGUGUGUUGGGAACAGUCUUUAUCUUUUACCCCAACAAGUUUACCUAGUAGAGAAAAUGACUUUAAGAGGUGGGAAGGUUCCGAGCUUAACCAUGGCUCGGCUAAAAUCUUUUCUGGAUAAAAAAAUAUAAUUGAAAAGGAAAGCUCUGUUAUUGCUACAAAUAAGGACAUUGGUAUGGAUGGUGCACAGUCUAGUGCUCGUCCUUUGCAAGGGAAAAGGAAAAACCGGACUUGGAGAAGUUCAUUGAAGUUCUUUCUGCUGCAGAUUUGGAUUUUGGUAUUGGUAAUGAGUUUGGAAAAUGGAUGCGGCUCCAAGGUUUUGUCAGUGGUGCAAACGCACGGUCCCUUUGGGGUGAUCGGUUCCCAUUUCCAGAAUUGGCUGACAAGGUCGCCCAGUACCUGGAUGAUGUGAGGCUACAGAAAGAUGUUGGGAAAGAGGCUGUGGGGAAAUAUCUUCAAGUGAUUGGUACAAGAAUGUUCUGCAUUAGUUGGACGACAAAGCUACUUAGAGCCGAGGAGAAAAAGGAGGCUAGCAAAGUGUUAGAGUUGGAGAGAACAUUGAAAGAGAGGGAUGGUGUUAUUGUUAACAUGAUAGAAAAAAUGGACAAAGAAGAGGAGGUGACAAAGCUACAGGAUCAAAUCCGUGCUCUUCAAGAGCAAAUCAUGAGCUCGAAAAUGAGGUGUUGGAAAUGUUUUCGGUAGGUUUUGAUGGAUGGCCUAGUAUCAGAUACCACUAGUAUAUAAACUCAUAUAUUUGGUUUGGAAAUUAAUGAAUAGUAGUUUGCUCUAUCCGCAUA